AUUGGUGAUUUUGCUUCAGUCAAUCGGAUAAUCAAUGGCUAAAAAGCGAGCCCAAAACGCGAGCUCUUAGUAGUUUCAAAGCGAACUUGCUCGGCUCUAUGCCCAUUGGCUUCGUCCACUAAAUCCAUACGUGUUUGUUCAGAAAGCACGGCUCUCGGCAUUGAUUAUUUUCUUCGCUCAGCCGAAUAAUACGAAAUUACGCGUACUUACAGUAGUGACGAACGAACUCUUGCCUUUCCCUUCCCAUACUUGUUUUUACUCACUUGCUCUUCACCUAAAAUGAAAACGAGUGCAAUCUUAUUCGAAUUGGAGUUGAUUCGGCUUCGUUGAUCCAAGAAGCCAGUGCUUAAAUCAAGCACUAAAAACGAUGAAUACUCGCAUCAAUUUGCUCAUCACAGGGGUGGCACACAAAAAGCGCUUAUUCUUGAUCAUCUUGACUUUAGUGCUCUUCAGUUGGACCUAUUUUUCGGUAAUAAAGAAAAGGAACUUUCCCACUUUGAGCAACUCUCAAUUGUUGGAUAUCAAAUCCAUGAUCCAAGAUAUGUGUCAAGACGUGGUGUCGAGAAAUCCGAAGCAGCUGGCCAAUUCCAACACUUCUCAACCCUCAGUGUCCAUCAAUGUUAUGACUGGAAAUGAAGUGCCAUUCGAUCAAUUAAAAAAGAUCCUCUUCUACACGGAUUGCUAUGGUGGUUGGGAUUACUUCAUUGGUGCUACUGGACGAGAAGCUUUCAGAGUGUUGGGAUGUCCAGAUGCUCCAUGUUACGUGACCAGCAAUCGCUCUUUGAUGCCUUUGGACCAAUUUGAUGCCCUUGUCUUUCAUCCACGGGCGAAUUCGUUUGCUAUGGCCAACAUGCCCAAGAUUCGAUCACCUCAUCAGCGAUACAUCAUGUGGAUCAUUGAGUCGGGCUGUUAUCCAAGUCAUGCUCUUCCUAAAUUCGACAACUUUUUCAAUUGGACCAUGUCCUAUCGAUUGGACUCGGACAUUCUUCAACCGUAUGGAACAUUCAAGGAAAUCCGCCCUCUCCCUCAAAAAGCUGCUCUCGAUUCUUAUAUUGCCCAAUUUGGACGUGAUCACACAUUUUUUGCGAAAAACAAGACAAAACUGGCGGCUUGGUUUGUCUCCAAUUGUAACACAGCUGUCAACCGUGAAGGAUACGUGGAAGAGCUGAAAAAGUACAUAUCUGUGGACAUUUAUGGUCGAUGUGGACAUCUUAAAUGCCAACAAAAGCAGCCUGACAAUUGCCUCAAUAUCGUUGACAACGAUUACAAGUUCUAUCUAGCUUUCGAGAACUCGCUAAGUUUGGAUUAUGUCACCGAAAAGAUGUUCAAAGUGAUGGAUAAGAACGUCAUUCCCGUGACUCUGGCUAGUAACCAACGUUUGCCUUUGCCCAAGCAUUCAAUUAUUGAUGCCACCAAAUUCAGCCCCCAAGAUUUGGCGUCCUAUCUGAAGGAGAUUGAUGCCAACGAUGCGCUUUACGCAGAAUAUCAUUGGUGGAAGAGCUUCUAUCGAAUCGAAAAGGGCAAUAAAGUGAACAACUUUUGCCAACUCUGCCAGAAACUCAAUGAUCCCAGGGAUCCACCCAAAACAUAUCAAAGUAUGCAAAAGUGGUGGGUGAAUGACGCCAAUUGUUCCAAAUGGUCUCAGAAUCGAAUCAUCAAGGCAUCGCCGUGGCCCAUGAGUAACGGUUGACAGACGAGGAGGCCAUGGGCUAAAGAUUCUUCAACAGAUCCUUUGGUUGCCAAACACAAUUACCUAAUUAUUGAAUGCAUUGUUAGUUAUUUGCGCCGUUUGUAUGAACACAUCUGGAAAAUAGACGUCCAAGCAAUUGUUGACAGACACUCAGGAGGAGACUGAAUAUGACGGAUUUCAAAGAGGCCCAUGGUUAAUUUGGGAUCCUAUGACAUUUGAAAUCAAUUUUGAUGAUAAAGUUAAGGUCAUCUGAUGAUCGUGCUCUUGCACUAGUGAACUCAAAAAGAAACUAGAAAUCAAGAUGGCGGCAACAUUCGAGGAAAAGGUCAUCGUUAGGUUUUUUCAAAAUGCAAAUGAUCCAGAUACAUUCUGACUGGGCAGAAAAACCGAUCACUGUUGUGGCCCUUUGUGGCUGUUUUCGACGGUUUUCCGAUGGAAGCGCUGAGAAAUUUGGACAUGAACCAGGUGAAAACUUAUCAUGAGUAGUGAUGGUUUUCGAACCGGAAAAUAAUUAUGGUUCUACAUGAAGCAAAAAUACGGAACUGGAAAGAAAAAAUGUAGCAUCUGGUGGAUAAGAAUUAACAAGCUAUUUUCAUUCAUUUAAUGCGGCAAACUACCCAAUGUGAUUUGGAAUUUCCAGAUUUUUCAUCACCUUUCGUUCUGAUGGAGGAAAGCCAUGUUUUGGGGGCAUAGUAAAAGAUAUCGAAUGAAUACUUACUGCUCAUUUCUAGUCAUCCAUCAUCAUUUACAUUCACUGGUUACUUGUGCUCCCACCAUUUCACUCGCCAUAGUUCAGAUCUCCCUGCAUACAUAUACCUCCACAAACAAGCAAUAAACAUCUAAUCAACAGCAACUAUGCGGUAAUUGUACGCUUACCAAUGAGAAUAAUUAAAGCCGUUUUCUUAAUGGACUUUAAGAUUUCAAUAAUUUUAUUUGAAUACCAAUUGGCAAGAACACAUUGGCAGAUUUUGGCAAGGUCGUAAGUAGAUGGUUUUAGCCCAAAUCUCCAGAAACUUAUGCCGGACAUGUUUUAGAUGUCAGUGGAUGUCAGAUGUCUUGCCAUUUUGGAUGGCGCAAUCCAAAGAUGGCGCAAAAGUACUUGGACGAUUCCAAGCCCUCAAGGAAGAGGGUAGCUCAUUUCAUAAUUGUGGAGAUUUCAGGUCAUAAAGCAAUUGUACCUAGAAUUGGGAUGAACCAGAAGUCCUCAGAGACCUUGCUUUCAAUAUCAAAUGAAUGUCAGUGUCCACCUAAACUCUCUCGUCCUAUGCAAGAUGAAAUGUGUGCUUCACUACCAACUGUUCUAUCGUCAAAUACUCUACCACCAAAUGCUCUACCGCCAAUUGCUUCCCAACCAACUGCUCCACAACCAAAUGCUCCACCACCAAAUGUUCAGUUUGGGUCUCAGUUGCGGUCUCACAUUGGGUUAUCCUUUAUUCCUGGUCAAAUUUCUGGGGCAAAGGUCAAUGUUCAAAUGUACGUUGAUUGUCAAACCUAGACUCUAGUCAAACCCAUCUGUUGCAUCUUCACGACGUCAUUCCACUACAUAAAGCUGGGGAUUGCCAAGACAUGUCAAACUACAGACCGAUUUGUAUUCUUUCAACGAUCUCUAAAAUUCUGGAGAAAGUGGUGUACCAGCAGAUUUUCACGCCUUUUAACAAAGUUCACAUGACCACAAACCAAUUUGGCUUCCGACCCAAUCACUCAACCUUGCUUGCCUUACACCAUUUUUUGAGACUAAUCUUUGAAAACAGCAAUAGCUUUAAGUUUUCUUUGGCGAUUUUCAUUGAUCUGAAGAAAGCGUUUGACACUGUAGACCACGAAAUUUUACUUGCAAAAAUAGAGCACUAUGGGUUCAGCCACGA